AUGCCUAUGGAUGCCAUCAGUAGACAGAAUGUCUCUCCUAUGCACCAUUUUUUUAUCAAUGGUGUUGAYGACAUGGCAAACCUGACCGAUUUACAUGAUUCUGCAAUAUUUUUUUAUUUACAUAUCCGCUUUAAAGUUGACAAAAUAUAUUCAUACAUUGGGAGUAUUCUGUGUUCCCUCAAUCCAUAUUUCUACAUUGAUGGACUUUAUGAUGCCUCAGUCAUGGAAAAAUAUUUUUUUAAACAUAUUGGCGAACUAGAACCACAUAUCUACGCUAUUGCUAAUGAAACGUAUUACUCUAUGUGGAAAAAAGCAGAGAGUCAGUGUAUCCUGAUAAGUGGUGAGUCAGGAUCAGGUAAAACCGAGUCCACCAAGUUCAUCCUYAAYUUCCUGUCAGAAGUUAGCAGUAGUGGAGACUCUGGGGAUAGUGGGAUGAGCGUUGAAAAAGCCAUUAUUCAAAGCAGUCCCAUCUUAGAAGCCUUUGGUAAUGCCAAGACAGUUUACAACAACAAUUCCAGUAGAUUUGGCAAGUUUAUCUAUUUUUUUUUCAAUGCAAAYGGAAAAAUGGAUGGUGGCACAAUAAAAGAUUAUUUACUUGAAAAGGACAAAAUAACUUAUUCUGUGUUAUGUCAACUUUUUUUUGUUGUCAGGCAAAAUCCUGGUGAACGAAAUUACCAUAUUUUCUACUCUCUUUUUUUUUUUGCAUCAGAAACUCAAAGAAAUGAACUUGUUCUUUAUCCUGUUGACAAGUACCAUUACCUAAGGCAGAGUGGCUGCGUGAGUGAUCCAUCAAUCAAUGACAAAGAAGACUUCCAAAAAUUCUUGAGUGCUUUGAAUGUGAUGAUGUUCAGUGAUGAGGAAGUGACAGACCUAUUACAGGUCGUCUCAGGCAUUCURAUGCUKGGYAAUGUCAAUUUYCUGGCUUUUUUUGGAGCUCARGUGGCUGAUAAAAGUGUUCUUGAAAACGUAGCCAAUCUACUUCAUUUGGACUUUUAUGAUCUUGGCGAUGCUUUUUUUUUGAAGACAAUGAUUCUUAGAGGAGAAGAGAUCCAGUCCCCUCUAACCGUGGAACAGGCAGUUGAUUCCAGAGAUGCUAUGGCGAUGAACCUUUAUGCAUGUACAUUCAAAUGGGUUAUUCGCAAAAUUAACAAACGAGUUUUUUUUAAAGAUCACUUUUCAUCUAUUGGUUUACUUGAUAUCUUUGGCUUUGAAAAUUUUUUUGUCAACCGAUUUGAACAAUUCAACAUUAACUACGCCAAUGAGAAACUACAGCAAUUUUUUUACAAACACAUCUUCUCUCUGGAGCAGCAUGAGUACAACAGGGAGGGAUUUUUUUGGGCAGACAUUGACUGGCAGGACAAUGGAGAAUGCCUGGACCUUAUUGAACGGAUUUUUUUUGUCUUAUCACUGAUUGAUGAAGAAAGCCGUUUCCCUAAAGGAACAGAUGAAUCAAUGUUGGACAAACUGCAUUCAAGUCAUCAGGUCAAUAGUUUUUAUCUGAAACCAAGAGUUGCAAAUACAAAGUUUGGAAUCAAACACUACGCAGGAGAGGUGUAUUAUGACACAAAAGGAUUUCUGGAGAAAAACAGAGACACACUUCGAGAUGAUCUGUUGAACUGUUUGAGAGAAAGCAAGUCCGAUUUCAUCUACGAUAUCAUGGAGCUGAUGACGCCAGUACAGCCUUUUUUUAACGCCAAGUCCGCAAAGAAACGACCAACUGUCAGCUCACAAUUUAGGAACUCUUUAGCAUCACUCAUGACUACACUGGGCCAGUCUCAUCCUUUUUUUAUACGAUGCUUAAAGCCUAAUCAUAGCAAGUCACCACAAAUAUUCGACCCUCAAUUAGUCGUUAAUCAGCUACGUUACUCGGGGAUGUUGGAGACUGUUCGUAUAAGACGAGCUGGAUUUUUUUUUCGUCUCGUUUUCGAGGACUUCUUAUUCAGGUUAGUCUAUCAAAAACUUUUAAUAUUUGACUUACUGAUGCGUGGAAAACCGUUAACUGGCGAACUUCGUGAGGACUGCGCAAGUCUAGUUCGCGAGUUCGACUCGUCAGAAACUCAAUGGAAGAUAGGAAAAACAAAAGUAUUUUUUUUUGACCAGCUAGAAUACACGAUUGAAAGAAAACGAAACGCUGAGCUGGUGGUCGUGUUUUUUUUUAUCAAGCGAAGGAUAAUUGGUUACUUGGUGAGAAAGCAGUAUCUUAAGACACUUUUUUUAGUCAUUCUUCUGCAGAAACUCGCGAAGGGACGAUUCUACCGGAAGAAAUACUUUGAGAUGCGCAAGGCUUUUUUUUUAAUAGCUAAGUUUGAAAGAGGUCGCGUCGCUCGUUUAUUGUACAAAAAAYUGUUGGAUUUUUUUAGAUUGGAAGAAGAAAGGCGAAGAGAAGAAGAGCGAAGGAAACAAGAGGAAAGAUUUUUUUCAGUUGAACCAUUUUUUUUUUUCAGAGAAAUGGAGAGAUUGGAGCAAGAAAGAAAGAUGAAAGAACUGGAAGAAUUUUUUUUUAAGGCUGAAGAGGAAUUUUUUUAGAGAGAGGAAGAAGAAAAAGAAAGAAAACGAAUCGAAGAAGAGCAGCGGCAGGUUUUUUUGGCAAAAGCAAGAGCUCUAGAAGAAGCGCGAAAGGCAGAAGAAGAAGCCAGAAGACUUGCAGAGGAAGAGAAGAGACGACAGGAUUUUUUUGAGCGAAAACGGCUYGAAGAAGAAGCCAGACUUAAAGCGGAGGAGGAAGAAAGACUUCGACAAGAAGAGGAAGGACGUAAGAUGCAAGCUGAAGCCGAAGCUGCAGAACAGAUUGCUGAACUUGACAGACAUUUUUUUUAUGAGGACAGUGACGAAGAAGAAGAUGAAGAAGAGGAAGAUGUCCUCGGUCGACCACCAAUUUUUUUUGAAAUGGAGGAGAUCCUUAAAGAUGGCUACYUAAUGUUGAGAGGUGGAUUGUUGAGUUUAUGGAAGAAACAUUGGUGUUUUUUUAAAGACGAUACUUUCAUGUGGUUUCGAGGAAAGCAGGAUGCCUUUUUUUUUGGAUGGUUGAUGAAAAAAGGUGGCGGAACAGGAACGCUGUCCAGGAGAAACUGGAAACGACGAUGGUUUGUUUUGUUUUUUUAUACUUUGACGUACUAUGAAACGGACCAGGAAGGCGCUAAAGCACUGGGAGUCAUUUUUUUAAGGAAAGCAAUGAGGAUUGUUGAUGAUGGAGUCAAGGAAAAUGUUUUUUUUAUCGUUACWGAAGGCAGAACGUACCACAUUGUCGCMGAGUCUAACUAUGAUUUUAGCCAGUGGUACAAUAUCCUGAACCGAGUCAAUCGAGCCACAGAGGAUUUUUUUAAGGACAUGCGCGAAGAGUCAGCUAACGURAAAAAUGCUGUGGGAACUAUUGAUGUUACUAUGAUCGAGUCGUUUUUUUUGGGUGGUGUGGCCAAUAAACCAAACUGUUUCACCAUCAUCACAGCCAACAGAGUUUUUUUUUUUAUGACUGAAACAGAAGAGGAAAUGAACACGUGGGUCGAUGCUAUCAACGACAGCAAGCAGCGUGAAGUGGACGAAGGGCUCGCUGAUGUCAUAGAGAAGGGUUGGAUGGUCAAAGAAGGUGGAGACGAUACAAAGCGAAAACGGUGGUUUGUUAUGACUAUUUUUUUGAUAGACUACUAUAAGUCGUUCGUCAAGAACAGUCCUAAGUUUGGUUCUAUCAUUUUUUUUAGUUUGUGCUCAGUGGUUCCUCCUGAAGAAAAAGAACCAGGCGAUUGGACGUUUAUUGUCAAUGGUCGUAAACGGUCAUACGUCUUACACGUGAAACAGCAUUUUUUUGCGAACCGAUGGGCUAGUGCCAUCCAGGAGGUCAUUGACUCGAAGCCAUUAAUUGAGACACCAUUCGAGAAGCUCGUUAUGCUCRUCAAGGACGCUUCAAAUCAAAAUGAAGUUGAGGUUAUAAUUCGUACAAAUCCAAUCUUGAAGUACUCUAAGUUUUUUUUCAAGGCGCCAUUACUAGCCUUGCCUUAUGGUCAUUCACAGUCUUCACGUGCCAAGGGUAAGGGAUAUGGUACUUUUUUUUUAGAAGCCGUUAGAAUUUUCUCUUCAUUACAAGAACAAGAAACUGUUGGCGAUCCUUUUUUUGUCAUACAGGGAAUUCUCCAAACCUGUCAAGAUCUGAAACCUUUGAGAUCUCAGGUGUUUUUUUUACUUAUCAAGCAAACGACCACCCCUCCAGACGUUGAUUCUAUUGGUAGUCUUAGUUUUUUUCAGUUUUUUUUGUGCAUGUGUUGUACGUUCAUCCCUACAAGGAAGUAUCUGAGAUACUUAAGGAUUUUUUUAAAAAGAUUACGAGACAAGAAUCCCAACACAGAAACAGCUAAAUUUUUUUCUUUUGCUCUAGAGUGUGCUAAAAGAGCACGACCUCGUGAGUUUUUUUUUUCAAGAGAGGAGAUCAUUUCACUUCUUGGUCGCAGAGAACUUUUUUUUGUGGUGCAUUGCUACGGUGGRGGCUCGUGUAAGAUUACCAUCAACUCUGCAACAUUUUUUUGAGAGGUGACUGAAAGACUGAGUUUUUUUUUUAACCUUACCCACGAGUACAACAUAUUCUCUCUGUUUGAACAAUGUGGAUCUACAGAGAAAAGCAUCGAACCACGAACAGUCCUCGCCGAUGUGCUGUCUAAGUUUGAAAGGUAUAAAGCACUAGGACUGACCGAGACUGGCAAGAAAUGGAAGUUGUUUUUUAAAGUAUUUUGUUACCUUGAACCAGAAAGGGUUCCUGACGAGACGGUGGAGUUUUUUUUCCUAUACGAACAGGCUUGUGACGCAAUUUUUUUUUUGAAAUAUCCAGCUCCUACCACGACGGUCUAUGUGUUGGCAGCCCUGAGACUGCAGUUUACUGAUGGAGACUACCGAGUGGGGGCCUGGGUAUCUGAUCUCGAAACUGUUUAUUUUUUUGGAAGAUUAAAACACCCGCCAAAAUCUGAAAAAAUAUCACGUGACAAAGCAACCAAUUUUAGCAUCAAGGGAACACUGCGCAAGGCAGAGACUGGAGAAGAAUCAAAAACAGCGACGGAAGAGGAACUGUCAGCAAUUUUUUUUUCAAUCUGUGAACAAUGGAAAAAAUUCCAGGGYUUGGAUCAAGAACAUGCACAAAGACAGUACAUGGAAUUUUUUUAAAGCUGGCCAGGAUACGGCUCAACCUUGUUUGAAGUAGAGACUAAAGAUCCAGGAUUACCUUUUUUUUUGUGGAUAGGUGUUAGCUUUAAGGGUGUAUCCAUCUACAAACGUGGAGACAUGUUUUUUUAAUGUUCUUACACUUAUGAAAAUAUAUUGUCGUUUGGUGCGCCACAGCCUAAUGUCUACAAAAUCGUUUUUUUUGGCAGGGAACCAAUGCUCUUUAUUACAACUCAGUUUUUUUAAAUCGCCAAGUUAAUGAAGGCUUACAUCAAUGAAAUAGUCCGUCGCAGACGAGUUUUUUUAAUAAGCCAAUUCUCAUCUUGACACGUAGCAUUACAGUCUUUUUCUAGUGUUUUUUUUUUUAACUUCAAACAAAAUGGAAAAAGGUUUUGCAACAAUUAUUAAUAUAAAAUGACGAAUUAUUUGGUUUAGUUUCUUGUGAACAAUUAUAAAAUAUUAGUAAAUAUAGCAAUGUAAAUUUGAACAGUUUUUAAUGUUUCCAUGUGUCAUCAGUUGUAACACUGAUUUCGAUAAAGUACAAAAGAGACAAUAAAUUUUGAAAUCAU